AUGAAGCAAUUCAUUCGAAUUUCGUGUCGUACACCUGUCAUCCGCAUACCACGCCGACUUCCUCCCCUCCGAUCAUUUUCGCAAACCGUCCACUUCCGCUCCCAAGACAUCUUCCACACCCCGACAAUGGGCAAAGAAAAGGAUGGCAAGGCCAAGGGCCAACAGCUCAAAGUUCCCAAGGGCACCAAGGAUUGGGGUCCUCAGGACAUGGCCAUUCGCGACCAAAUCUUCGAAACGAUCAAGACUGUCUUCAAGCGGUAUGACGGACAAACCAUCGACACUCCCGACUUUGAGCUCAAGGAAAUCCUCACCGGCAAAUAUGGCGAGGACAGCAAACUCAUCUACGACCUGGCCGACCAGGGCGGCGAGCUCUGUUCCCUGCGAUACGAUCUGACCGUCCCCUUCGCUCGCUUCUUGGCCAUGAACCCCGACAUUUCCCAGUUCAACCGCUAUCACAUUGCCAAGGUGCACCGGAGAGAUCAGCCGGCGAUGAACAAGGGUCGCAUGCGUGAAUUCUACCAGUGCGACUUCGACAUUGCCGGUCUCUACGAUGCCAUGAUGCCCGAUGCCGACAUCAUCAAGCUGACCUGCGAUACCUUUGAGGCUCUCGGAUGGGAGGGCAAAUACACCAUCAAGAUCAACCACCGCAAGAUUCUAGAUGGCAUCUUCCAGGUAUGUGGUGUGCCAGAGGACAAGCUACGGACCAUUUCAUCUGCCGUCGACAAGCUGGACAAGUCACCGUGGUCGGAAGUGAAGAGGGAGAUGACGGAAGAAAAGGGUCUGGAGGCAGAGGUGGCAGAUCGGAUAGGAGAAUAUGCUGUGCAAAAGGGAGGCGUGGAUUUGUUGGAGACGCUGCAGAAGGAUGAGAAGCUCAUGGCGAAUGAAUCUGCAAAGGACGGUCUGUCGGACAUGGCCCUGCUGUUCCAAUUCCUGCAAGCACCACGCUUCCGGGAUCGAAUCUCUUUCGACAUGUCUCUGGCUCGUGGGCUUGAUUACUACACUGGCGUCAUCUACGAGGUCGUCACCGAGGGCUCGGCGCCUCAACAACAACAGGGUGAGGAAGCGGGCAAGAAGGAAUCGAGACCGAAGAAGUCGGCGACCGACGGGGAUGAGGAUCGAUCAAAUGACCCAACAGUUGGUGUUGGCUCAGUGGCUGCAGGAGGACGAUAUGACAAUCUCGUGGGAAUGUUCAGCGGCAAACAGCAGAUUCCCUGCGUGGGCAUCUCCUUCGGCGUCRAGCGAAUCUUCAGCAUCACAAAGCAACGCUUGGCCGCCGACUCCAACGCAACGCCCAUCCGGACAAGCUCGACAGACGUCUACGUCAUGGCAUUCGGUGGUAAGGGGUUCGAGGGAUUGUUCGUCGAGCGGGCAAACGUCGCCGAUCGUCUGCGUGCGGCUGGCAUCAACACGGCCUACGCGCGAAAGAUGAAGCCCAAACUUCCCCAGCAAUUCAAAGAAGCGGAGACAAAGGGCAUUCCUUUCGCCGUGAUUCUCGGAGAUGAGGAACUUGCUGCUGGCAAGUGCAAGAUCAAGGAAAUGGGUCUGCCGAGCGAUCACCCCGAAAAGGAUGGGGUGCUUGUGGAGCUUGCGAAUGUAGAGGAAGAGGUCAAGCAGAGACUUGCGAGACAGGCUCGGGCGGGUUGGAGUUCCACGGUGGUUAUGAGGUAG